GGCAGGGACCAAUGAGUAGAUCCAGGGCUGAGCAGGGAUAUAAACCCUGCGUCCCCCAGGCUGGGGCAUGCUGCUGCCCUGACCCUGUUCAGCUGAGCCCUCAGGUCCCGGAGUGCAGAGCUUGCCAGAAUGAAGGUGCUUGCUAUGGCCAUGCUGCUGCUUUGCUUGAGCCACCUGGAAGGUGCUGUGGUGAGGCGGGAAGCGGAGGCUCCAGCUCCCAACUUGCUGGAGCUCUACACCCACUACAUCCAGAGGCUCUCGGACGUCCUGACCAAGGAGCUGCCAGAGAAGAUGAAAGCUGAAGAGAUCAAGACCCAAGCCAAGGUUUAUCUGGAGCAGGCGAAUGAGCAGUUUGCCCCCAUUGCCAAGCAGCUGCACAACAACCUGGUGGAGCUCUUCACCCAGCUAGUGGAAACCGGCAAGAAGGCCGCAGAGCAGUGAGCGAGACCCCCAAGCAGCAUCUCCUGGGCUCCUGUGGAGGAGAGGGGCUGGGCUAGCGCUGUACUGGGGCUGCCGUCCCAGGAACAAUAAAUCUGGAGAUGCCUCUC